CUGACGGACUGAUGUGGGCAGGGCUGCUGUUCGUGCACGCGCGCGCGCGCUCCUGAUGCUGAUGCUGGAGUCUGUCAGAGCUUCACCUGCAGUGAGCAGCGCUGGAGUCCCGGAGCAGCUGUCACUCUCACUGUCUGCAUGUCCAUGAAAGGCAGAGGAUCCAAAUACCAGAAAAGAGUGUCGUUUUCUGAGGAUGAAGAUGAGCAGUGCUGGAAAGAGGAGAACGGCGGUUUGGACGCACAUCACCUGAAAUCCGUCCAGACGGUCCGAGACUCUUCAGGAUAUUACCGCUACAACAUGAAAUCCUCUGAUACUUUCCCCCAACGCAGGAUGACUCUACCGCGGGAAAAGGGCCGCCGGCAGGCAAUUCGCGGUCCGGCGUUCAUGUUCAACGCUCGGGGCAGCAGCCUCACGGCGGAGGAAGAACGCUUUCUAGAUGCAGCGGAGUACGGCAAUAUCCCAGUGGUCCGAAAGAUGCUGGAAGAAUCUCCCACGCUCAACGUGAACUGCGUCGACUACAUGGGACAGAACGGACUGCAGUUGGCCGUUGGAAACGAACACCUGGAGGUCACCGAGCUGCUCCUGCGGCGAGACAACCUGGCCCGUGUCGGGGAUGCGCUCCUGCUGGCCAUUUCCAAAGGUUACAUUCGUAUCGUGGAGGCCCUGCUGGGACAUCCGUCCUUCGCGAGCGACGAACGACUGACCCGCAGCCCCUGCGAGCUGCAGGACGACGACUUCUACUCGUACGACGAGGACGGUACGCGGUUCUCGCCCGAUAUCACGCCUAUCAUCUUGGCCGCCCACUGCCAGAAAUACGAGGUGGUGCACAUGCUGCUGAUGAAGGGCGCCAGGAUCGAGCGGCCGCACGACUACUUCUGCAAGUGCGCCGACUGCACGGAGAAGCAGAGGAAGGACUCGUUCAGCCACUCGCGCUCUAGGAUAAAUGCGUAUCGUGGACUCGCCAGCCCGGCGUAUCUCUCUCUGUCCAGCGAGGACCCCGUACUGACCGCGCUGGAGCUGAGCAACGAGCUCGCCAAACUCGCCAACAUCGAAAAGGAGUUUAAGGAUAAAAAGAACCGUAAUAAAGAGACAUCGCAGCACACUGGCUUCUUUCUGAAUGACUACAGGAAGCUGUCUAUGCAGUGUAAAGACUUUGUGGUUGGAGUUUUGGAUCUGUGCAGGGACACGGAGGAGGUGGAGGCCAUCUUGAACGGAGAUAUAUCUGCCGAGCUGGAGGAAGGCCAGCAUCAUCGCUCUCUGCUCAGUCGAGUCAAACUGGCCAUUAAGUACGAGGUUAAGAAGUUUGUGGCUCAUCCGAACUGUCAGCAGCAGUUGUUGACGAUCUGGUACGAGAAUCUGUCUGGUCUUCGGGAGCAAACCACUGCCGUCAAGUGUCUGGUGGUUUUGGUCGUGGCGCUGGGACUCCCUCUGCUGGCUGUGGGGUAUUGGUUCGCCCCGUGCAGUAAGCUUGGUAAGAUGCUACGCAGUCCUUUUAUGAAGUUUGUUGCUCACGCGGCCUCCUUUAUCAUCUUCCUGUGUCUGCUGGUGUUCAAUGCGUCCGAUCGGUUUGAAGGCAUCACCACUCUUCCCAACGUCACCGUAACCGACUACCCGCUGCAGAUCUUCAGAGUGAAGACCACACAGUUCUCAUGGACAGAAAUACUGAUCAUGGUCUGGGUAGCAGGAAUGAUGUGGUCGGAGUGUAAAGAGCUGUGGACGGAGGGGCCGAGGGAAUACGUCAUGCAGCUCUGGAACGUUCUGGAUUUCGGCAUGCUCUCCAUCUUCAUCGCAGCGUUCACCGCCCGGUUUUUCGCCUUCAUGCAGGCCAUGAAAGCCCAGGAGUAUGUGGAUGAGAAUAUCCACGCUUCAGACCUGUCGCUGGUCACGCUGCCGCCGGACGUCAGAUAUUACACCUACGCGAGAGACAAGUGGCUCCCGUCGGAUCCUCAGCUGAUCUCCGAGGGUCUGUACGCCAUCGCCGUCGUCCUGAGCUUCUCCCGGAUCGCCUACAUCCUGCCGGCCAACGAGAGCUUUGGGCCGCUGCAGAUCUCGCUGGGACGAACGGUGAAGGACAUCUUCAAGUUCAUGGUCCUCUUCAUCAUGGUCUUCCUCGCAUUCAUGAUCGGCAUGUUCAUCCUCUACUCCUACUAUCUGGGGGCAAAGGUUAACCCCGCCUUCACCACGGUUGAGGAGAGUUUUAAAACGCUCUUCUGGUCCAUAUUCGGGCUGUCUGAAGUGUCCUCUGUGGUUUUGAAAUACGAUCAUAAAUUUAUCGAGAACAUCGGCUAUGUGCUGUACGGGAUCUACAACGUUACAAUGGUGGUGGUUCUGCUCAACAUGCUCAUCGCCAUGAUCAACAGCUCGUACCAGGAGAUAGAGGACGAUGCAGAUGUGGAGUGGAAGUUCGCCCGCUCUAAACUCUGGCUGUCGUAUUUUGACAAUGGCAAGACUCUCCCGCCUCCGUUCAGCAUCGUUCCCAGCCCGAAGUCCUUCUAUCUGUGUGUCAAGAGACUGAUCAACCUGCUCCGCUGUCGCCGCCGCCGCCUGAAGAAAGACGUGGAGCUGGGCAUGGACAACUCCAAAUCCAGACUGAACCUUUUCACUCAGUCCAGCAUGAAGAUGACAGAUUCACACAGCUUCAACAGCAUCUUAAAUCAACCCACACGCUAUCAGCAAAUCAUGAAGCGUCUCAUCAAACGCUACGUUCUGAAAGCACAAGUGGACAAAGAGAACGAUGAAGUGAAUGAAGGCGAGCUGAAGGAGAUCAAGCAGGACAUCUCCAGCCUGAGAUAUGAACUGCUGGAGGAGAAGUCUCAGGCCACAGAAGAGCUUUCAAUCCUCAUUCAGAAACUCAGUGACAAACUCAACCCACGACCUGUCCACCCGCACUGACCCCUGCAGGUCAACUCGUGUUUUAUGUUAAAUACAUCCCACUUUAUUAUUCAGAAGUAAGCCAUGUAUACACUCCAGCAUGUCCAUUUUCGAGUUUGUGUCAGGACUAGCUGUUCUCUGAGCAGUGGCAGAUGACGGCAUAAAUGACACACUUCACCUUUAAUUUAAUUCAUAGUUUUCACGUGACGUAACGCCCACCUGGAGGACAAAACAAGGCUGUCCUCCAUUGACCGCCAGUCAUUUUUACCAGGCUUGUACUAAGUACUAAUGUAGAAAGACAGUGAUAUUAAAAGACCAAAUUCUAUAUAAACCAUAUGAUGAUGUAUACUAUACACAGACAAGCAGAAGAACUCAGAAUAUAAAAGCAACACACCGUUUUUCCAUAGAAAACCAUUAUAAAGAAACACUAUUUAGAGCGUUGCAUUCUGGGCUCAACUGCUCGUCUGUAUAUAGUAUGCAUCAUUAAUAAGCUGUAUACUGAAUUUAAUCUCUUAAAGGGUUAGUUCACCCAAAAAUGAAAAUAAUGUAAUUUAUUACUCACCUUCAUGU